AUGCAUGGGAUCGUGCACACUGGUCCCUCACCCGAGCAGGACCUGACGAGAUACAGCGUGGGUCUGCUGGAUUGGAGCGGGCACACGAUGGCUUUUGUGAAUGCCCAUUUGAAUUGGGGUGACUACGCCCAGACUGAGGAACAAGUCCGCGAGGUGGAAGCCGCGGCGACGGAGUUAGUGGAGAAGUACCCGGGUGCCACGGUAAUGGUCACAGGCGACUUCAACCAUCCUCGGCAGUCCCUGCGGUGCCCAGGAUUCGAGUCGCUCCUGGACCUCAACGUGGCGACUCAUGACGAUGGUGGGCACUAUGAUCACCUGUUUCUGAAGCUGGGAUCCGGCGUCGAACUGGCCACACGGCAGGCAACCGUCUUGUCGUGGUGCACUGAGGAUGGAGCUCCUCUAUCGGAUCACAAAGGCCUCCUACUGCAACUUGUGCGCGGCCGAUGA